AUGCAGCCGGAGGUAGAUCUAAUUCCGGUGCUGUUGGUGGUGGAGGCAGGGGCAACGGUGGUGCUGGUGGAGGAGUGGCUUUGGUCUCCUGGCUACCUGGUGGUGUUGGUGGCAGGAUGUAGUACCAACAAGACCUGGGCCAACUAUACUGAAUGUGCUCUGCUCUUCUCCUCCAAGAGCUGCAGCUGCCAGAAGGAGGUGUUUGACCGUCUGCACCUGAUGUACACCAUUGGCUACUCCAUCUCCCUGGCCUUCCUCAUUGUUGCUGUCUGCAUCCUCUCCUAUUUCAAGCGCCUGCACUGCACACGCAACUACAUCCACGUCCACCUCUUCACCUCCUUCAUCUGCCGGGCUCUCAGCAUCUUCCUCAAGGACAUGGUGCUCUACUCAGGCAAUGAGACAAGCAAGAUGAGGGAGGAAGACUUCAAAGCAGGAAUGAGCAUCUUGCUGACCCUACACCCACAGGUUGGCUGCAAGGUGGUGGUGACUCUCUUCCUCUAUUUUCUGGCCACCAACCACUACUGGAUCCUGGUGGAAGGUCUCUACCUGCACAGCCUGAUCUUCAUGGCCUUCCUCUCCAACAAGAACUACCUGUGGGUCCUCAUCAUCAUUGGCUGGGGUCUCCCUGCUGUGUUUGUGUCCAUCUGGGACAGUGUCAGGGCUUCUCUGGCUGAUACACAGUGCUAUGACCUCAGUGCAGGGAACAUGAAGUGGAUUUAUCAAGUGCCCAUCUUGGCCUCCAUCGUGGUGAACUUCUUCCUCAACAUCAUGAGGGUGUUGGCCUCCAAGCUCUGUGAGACAACCACAGGGAAGCUGGACCCCAGACAGCUUGCCUUGAAGCUGCUCAAGUCCACACUGGUGCUGAUGCCCCUUUUUGGGGUGCACUACGUGGUGUUCAUGGCAAUGCCCUACACUGAUGUCUCUGGGGUGCUGUGGCAGAACCAGAUGCAUUAUGAGAUGCUCUUCAACUCCUCUCAGGGUUUCUUUGUGGCUUUUAUCUACUGCUUUUGCAAUGGGGAGGUGCAGGCAGAGAUCAGGAAAGCCUAUUUCCAGAGGAGCCUGGCGCUGGACCUGAAGCAGAAAGCCCGCGGCAACAGCGGGGCGGGGAGCUGCUGCUCAGCCGGCCCCACCUCCCAGGGCACCAGCCUCCAGCCCAGCAGCAGCCUCGGCGGCAGCUUGGCAGAGCGAGGGGGCUGCCAGCAGCAGGGGCUGGCCCUGCCCGGCCCCUCCAGCCUCCCGGGCUCCGCCUCCCCCGGCCGCGGGGAUGCAGGAUAG